AUGCCUAAAUCAUUAAAAGUUGCUCUUAAGAAUAAUAGCAAUUCAGACCAAGUCUAUGCGUACAUCACCGGCAUAGCCCUUCAACAUAGAGGGCAGCGUUGUUUUCUCAAAGCCGACGGAGAGGGUCUUUACUUUCCGCAGAAUCCGCCCCGCAUUGGCUCACCGCUGACCGAAGACUGCGCCAUUGUCCUCGGAGCGCCGGGGAACACGGUUACGGUCACGAUCCCACAAAUGGCCGGCGGCAGGAUCUGGUUUUCUCGAGACGCAAAGCUUACUUUCUUGCUUAAUCCCGGUCCCGGUCUAGUCGAGCCCAGCGUCUUAAAUCCGACCGAUCCUAAUGCGGAUGUUGAUUUUGGCUUUUGCGAGUUUACACUCAACGAUGCGCAGCUUUACGCAAAUAUUAGUUACGUAGACUUUGUCUCACGUCUGCCGAUAGGCAUAUCACUAGAGCGGGCAAAUGGCUCGGUGCAAAGUGUUGCCGGCAUGGCUCCCGACGGCGUGGAUCGCGUCGCGGAGGGGCUGCGCGAGCAAGCGCAAAAGGAUGGCCGGCCUUGGGAUAAGCUAAUAGUCAAUCGCAAAGGUAGGAUUCUCCGGGUACUUAGUGCAACGCACGGGAAUGCCGUGCGUGCGAACUUCAGUGGUUACUACGAGCCAUACGUAAAUGAGGUAUGGGAACAUUACCUCGCAAAGCAGAAAGAAGGCCAGUUCCUGAAAAUCAACACGCAAGCCGCACCAGGCGUUUUAAGUGCCCAGUUCAUGAAUAAUGGCGAGGUACAGGUUGGUAAUGAGAAGUUUGGUAAGCCAAAUACGGCAGACAUCUUUGGUUGCAAUAGUGGUCCGUUCACAACAGGACCAUCGCCUACUCGUAACGCCAUCAUACCGCGCCUGGCUGCUGCAUUUGUGCGCACUGCGCUACUAGAGGCGUACGAACACCCUUCGCAACCGCGCACAUUCUACCAGAGAGAUCCGACAAAUCAUUAUGCUCGCAUUGUACACGAGCACAAUGUUGACGGAAAAGGUUAUGCAUUUGCUUACGACGACGUGCAGCCAGAUGGUGGUGACGAUCAGUCGGGGAAGGUCAAUACUGGCGACCCAGUCCUAUUCACGGUAACCGUUGGUGGCGUUCAAAUGUAA